AGUCGUAAAUCAGACCGGAAAAAACGGUGCGAGACGGUCAGACCGUCCUUUUCCGGUUCUUGGUAAUCGUCUGCAGUUGACUUUUCUUAUUCUUUUUUGCCAACGAAAUGCAGAAAGAUAAAGCAGAAUCUUUUUAUUUCAAAAAUCUGUCCUCAAAUUCAUCCUCCACAAAAAUGUGCCUGAAUUAGUGCUGAUAUAUAAGUUAUCAACCUAUCAUCAAAUAUGCUGCCUCCACGUCCCAACGGGUUACAAUCGUCCUUGUUUCUUGCAUCUUCUGAUAAUCAUGAGCCAAGAAUGAACUCCGAUCAGAUUCGUGAAUCGCCUGCUGAGAGUGCUAGUUCCUGGCCCGCUAUUGAUGCUGCUGCCCAAAUGAAGCAUGAGAAUCAGAAAGUUGAGGAUGAUUAUUACGAGCAGUCUGUCACUCGUGGCCGUUCUAGUGCAAAUAGGAUCUCUCUUCUUGAUAUAGCAAGAGAGCGAGUGGAUAUAAUAUCUGAGCAAAUGUAUUUACUCCCUAAUGAGUAUUUAGAUGAGCUAAAGGGUAGGCUUCGAGCGAUGCUUGAGGGGAACGGGAGUUCUCAACAAAGAGACGAAUUUAUGGUUUUACAGAGGCUUGUUCAGAGGAGGUCUGAUUUGACUGCAGAAACAUUGAUUAAAGCUCAUCGGGUUCAGCUGGAAAUUAUUGUUGCUAUAAAAAGUGGAAUUCAAUUUUUCCUGCAUCAAAGUAUGAAUCUUUCUCAGACUGCCCUGGUUGAGGUUUUCGUAUACAAGAGAUGUCGGAAUAUAGCAUGCCAAAGUCAGUUGCCUGCAGAAGAUUGCCUUUGUGAGAUAUGCACCAAUAGAAAGGGAUUUUGCAGUCUUUGCAUGUGUGUUAUCUGUAACAAGUUUGAUUUUGACGUGAAUACAUGCCGGUGGAUUGGUUGUGAUUCCUGCGCUCAUUGGACUCACACGGAUUGUGCAAUUCGAGAUAAACAAGUUGGAACAGGUGCUUCUUCUGCGAAUGGGCUGGGGUCUGCUGAACUGCAGUCCAGGUGUAGAGCAUGCAACCGCACUUCUGAGCUUUUAGGCUGGGUAAAAGAUGUAUUCCAACAUUGUGCACCGACAUGGGACAAGGAAUCUUUGCUAAGAGAACUAACUGUUGUAAGUAAGAUCUUUCGACUGAGUGAAAACACAAGAGGGAGGCAGCUGUUUUGGAAGUCUGAGGAGCUCAUAGAAAAACUAAAGGGUGGAGUAGCAGAGGCCAUAGCUAGCAGAAGUAUAUUAUCUUUUCUCCAAGAGCUUGAGAUGGACUCACAAAAGAGCAGUGAGGCUGGAAUUAACGGAAGGAUGAUGCCACCACAGGAGGCAUGCAGCCGAAUCGCUGAAGUGGUACAAGAAGCAGUGCAAAAAAUGGAAAUAGUGGCCGACGAAAAAAUGAGGAUGCUAAAGAGAGCUCGCCAAGCUCUCGAGGCUUGUGAUCAUGAACUGGAGGAAAAAGGUAAGGAAGUUGCAGAACUGAAGCUGGAGAGGCAGCGAAAAAGGCAACAGAUAGACGAAUUGGAGAGCGUUGUUAGGCUUAAAGAAGCAGAAGCAGAUAUGUUCCAGCUUAAGGCUGACGAAGCAAGACGAGAAGCUGACAGGUUACAGAGGAUUGCUCUUGCAAAAUCAGGGAAAUCAGAAGAAGACUAUGCUAGCAGUUACCUUAAACAACGUCUUAGUGAGGCUGAAGCUGAGAGGCAAUUCCUUUUCGAGAAGAUUAAACUUCAAGAUCAAGGUUCUCGUUCAUCGCAAAGCAAUGACAUGGUUGACCCUCCGCAAGCACUUUACACGAAAAUUCAAGAGAUCCUGAAGAGCGUGUAGCUCUGCCUCCGGCCAGUAUAGCCAUCCGACCAGCCUAUGAACAUCUUUGUAAGUGACCUGAUCAUUAUCCAUGUUUUGUGUGCUUUUGUUGCAGUAACUUAAUAUGGUGUUGCAGAGCAAACUGUAAAUUAGAUUCUUGUGUCAUUUUAACUAACUUCUUUAAAUAAGACGUUGGCACGACGAAUGCCCUAGCUAAAGCCUUGUAUAAUUGAUUGAUUUGCUUUUAUUGAUGGAAUUAAUUUGUGAAA